UCAUUUAGUGUAUCACCAAUGGAAUUAAAUUUUAGAUUAGUAACAUUACAACCACAACGGACCUCCUGUAGCUUGCAAAAACACUGGUUCUCGCCCGUUCUCGCUACGUCCGUGAAAGCGCGAGACUAACCGCCGGACUCGGCCAGUGUUGCUGCUACACAAAACGCGGAGCCCGCCAAAUUUUCCAUCGAUCAUCCAUCCAUCAAAAAUGGCGUCUGCGGUGUUUUGAAGUGUUCAAGCGCUUUGGUCUUUAAUGCUACGGAGCCCAUCCAACAUAUCUCUCGGUGAUCUUCCCGGUUUGCUAGACUAGGGAAUGGCCAAAGACAACCGACAGAGGCACUGCUUCGUCCCCGGUUGCCGCAGCGGCUACGUGACGCCGCACUCCAAGGGUCAGCUGAGGAGCCAGAAGCUGUCCCUGUUCGCCGUUCCGACCGACGACAACCGCUUCCAGGCAUGGCAGAGGGCUCUGGCCCGCUUCGACAAACCGCUGCAGAAACGCUGCGUGCUCUGCGAGCUCCACUUCGACAAUCGCUUCAUCCUCAGGACAUACAGGCACACCAUCCAGGGUGAAGUAGUCGAGAUACCCCGGACGAGACCGUCGCUCGCGCCUGACGCUGUGCCCACGCUGUUCCUGAACCCGCCGAGACCGACCCGGGCCAAGCGACGACUGCCUCGCCGGGCGGCUCAGACGCCAAAGUCGGACGACGGGGGUUUCAGCGAGGACGCCGCAAGAGACGACAGCGGCUCCUCCGACGGGUCCGCGAGCCCCGUCGCGGAACCGAAACGGACCGUGACACCUCACAUAGUGACGGCGCGCCGGGCGUCGCCAGUUCCAGCAAAGUGCACCGCGACUGACGGGCCAACGCUCACGGAGCUGCGCCCUCUUGUGCUCGUCCCCUACGCAACCCCUCCUGCCCCGUGUCCCGUUCCCGCGCCGCCGGCGACGCUAGAGCUAGACGCGCCGGCCUUCGUCGCCUCCUUCGACCCAUCCUGGCUGCCCAAUCGCUACUGGACGAUGCACCACGUCCAGCACGGCAGCCAGUGCGUGGCGUUCUCCUUCUGCACGCUACUGGGCGGCCAGCCCGCCUUCACCAAACUGCUCGCGUGCCACGAAGAGCGAGACUGCCGCAUCCGCUGCGAGUCCUCUAUCCAGGGCACGCCGGUGCGCACCGCGACUGUGACCACAGCGUUAGAGGUGAGCAGACUCAUCGAAGAGCUAGACGGUCUCAAGCUGUGCGAGGGCGCGGCCGCUUCCGACGAGUUCGCCCUGAGCAACCUGCCCCCGUGCAAGGCAGACCAGGGCAAACUGCGCUCGGCGAGCUGCAACCGGACCUGCGCCAGCGUCAGCAGGGCCUGCGACCACUGCAAGUACCUGCGCAAGCUGCUGCAGAAUAAGGCCUCGUACCACAAGCGCAAGGCCGGCGGCCAGCCACCCAAUCAGCCGCUGCCCGACGGCACGGUCGUGGUGGAGGCCUUGAAGACGCAGCAGACGGCAGAACACACGGGCGAGGAAGAGUGGACGCUCGAGUGCACCUUCUACCCCGUGUCUUGAGUCGGGAUGAGGCACACUGUCAGGCGUAACAAGGUUCCUUUAUUUCGGGCAAGACACAUACACACUCGUUGAUACACAAAGUGUGGCCCUGCAGAAGAAAAAAAAAAAAUCUUCCUGGGGGGGGAGGUUAUCUACAUGUCCGGCAGUUUCCUAUGUACAGUUGCACGGGCCUUCUUGCCGUACAUCCGGGUGCAAGUGGCCCCCGGGCAGUUGUGAAUAAAUUACAGUGGAAUCUG